CCACGCUCACCCCUAUCAUUCGUACAUCAGAGUCUACUCUCAAAAUGAAUUCUCAAGUGCAUCUUCUUUCUAUUCUCGUUGUGAUGAUGAUGGUCCGACCAUCAAACGGCGGCUCCAAUGACGGCGACGACCUUCACUCCGUUCCGCUAACGGUCGUCAAGGGUGCGGUCGCCGAAGGCGCCGUAUGUCUUGACGGAAGCCCCCCUGUGUAUCAGUGGGCCGCCGGAAGGGGCGGCGGGGUCAAGAACUGGAUCAUUUUCCUUCAAGGAGGAGGGUGGUGUUUGAACACCACAAUGCAACUACCCGGGAGGAAACCCGUGGAGAGUUGCGCUGCACGCGCGACUUUCUACCUUGGUUCUUCCCGCCGCAUGGAGCCUGCGAACUUCACGGACGUACUUUCUCCUUUGUCGAACACGAGCUAUUUCUACAACUGGAAUAGAGUGUUCGUUAGAUAUUGUGACGGGGGUUCGUUUGCUGGAAAUGCAGACAAACCGGACCCCGUGACUCGUGUCUACUACAGGGGGGCGAGGAUCUUCGACGCUGUCGUCAGAGAUUUGAUGGCAAGAGGGCUGAAAGAUGCCCGUAACGUACUUUUUGCUGGGGAUCUGCGGGCGGAUUGGGGGCGAUGGUCCACUGCGAUCGCUUCUGCGGACAGUUCCUUCUUUCUCCGCGUCAAAGAUCCUUCUCGCGCGGAUGAGUUUCUUGACCGUGUCUUCCGCACCGUGGUUGAUAUGCAGCGUCCACACCGGGCAUUGCCCGUGGGCUGCACGUCAAAAAUGAGUGCGGCGGCAUGCUUCUUCCCCCAAAACUUGUUGCGGUACAUCAAAUCCCCGAUUUUCAUCAUAAAUCCGGUCUUUGAUGCGUACCAAAUAAAAACAACAUUUUCGGAGGAUUUGAAUAACCAAGUCAUGACAAACCAUACCGUCAGCCGAUCGAAGUAAUAUGACACUACUUCAAGGUUAUAGACGGGAAAUGAUCAAUGCCCUGCCCCCGGCGAAAGUAGUCGGGAAUGGGUAUUUGAUCACUUCGGUUUAUGGUCACGACUUUGCUUUUCAAAGAGGCUAUAAAACACACAUGUUUGG